UGGCCACUAAGCAACUCAGCUGCGUUAAAUAAUCAAUAAUAAGUGUUCCUGUGAGUUAUUAAUAUAUUAGUUUAAAAAUGGAGAUAUACCGAAAGGCGAUGGUUAUUAUUUGAAGAAAAAUCACUGAAAUAUUAGGAAACUGUCACCAUUUGAGGGUUAAUCUGCCAGCUGUCAAACCGAGAAACCCAUUUCGUAUCCUUGGUGACUGCCCUAGCAACGGAUACAACAACAUAGCAACAUUAGACAGCAGCAGGAGUAGCCUUGGAGACGCAGCCAUGGCAACGACAGCUCGGUUUGCAGCAGGAGGCAGCAGCAGUCCCCCCACUCCGGCCCCUGCGACUACGCCUCCAGCUCAGCCUCAGCAGACACAGCUAAUCGUGCUCCCUGCCAGUCUGCACCAGACGGCUACUACUGCGGCAACAAUUGUAAAUGGUGUGCCAGUCAUUGAUGUGUCUGCCUUAGAACAGGCAGCUGAUUCCAGCAACGAAAGUAGCGCCACCGCAGAACAGCAGGGGGAAAGCCACGAGACGGAUCCCAUUGCGACUAGUUCGCCCCAUUUUAUCACCGUCACAGUUGCUGAGGGAGACACUGUGGCUUCUCACCAAGGCUACCAUAUCCAGUAUGUCGAACCGGAAAUCUAUGCAACGCAGACAAAUGGAGGGCAAGCACAAAUGGCGUAUCCGGUUUACACGGUGGGCGAAUCUGCUACAUUGUACCCAAUAACCAAUGCUGGUCAGGGUCAGGGCCAGUACUAUGCUGCGACUAACUCGGGUACAACAGCCGUCACUGGUACGGUGGGGUAUACGACAACCGGAGGCCAGUAUGUCGUUCAGCAUGCUGUGGAUGCCGAAUCUCUCAUACCGGCUAACAGGGUAUCACCACAGACUACGAAUGCGGAAACAAAUUAUGUGGCGACUGCUACAGUGCAUGCUACGCAGUCGUCCGGGCAAGUAGUGGCAGGAGAAGAUGUUGGAUCUGCCCUAGGACACGCUACCCGGGUAUCGCCUGCCACCGUGCAAUGGCUGCUUGAAAAUUAUGAAACGGCUGAAGGUGUAUCUUUGCCGCGUUCAACUUUAUACGCUCACUAUUUGAGACAUUGCGCUGAAAAUAAACUUGAACCGGUUAACGCUGCCUCUUUUGGGAAACUGAUAAGGUCCGUCUUCUUGGGUCUAAGGACCCGAAGACUUGGAACGAGGGGUAAUUCCAAGUACCAUUACUAUGGGAUACGCGUGAAGCCAGGCUCGUCGCUGAUGAAUAUGGAGGACCCGAGCAGUCGUGUCGUCCUGACCACAUCGAACACUAGCGGCAAGGCGCAGGGGACGGUCCGACCUUUCAAACGUAACUCUGACUCCUCUGAUACCUCUAUUUCAAAUAGCGGCUUAUCCCAGCAUAUAACCUAUUUAGGUGACGGAAGCAAUUCCAUUCCCGCUUUUCCUGAUAUUCACUUCUCGGAACCUCUACCUGACGAUUGUGGUUUUGAAGAUGUCGACACUCUCAAGUCGAUCUACAGAGAACAUUUGGAGGCUUUCCUGGAUGCCAUCGUCAGCCUGGAAUUCGGCACGGUGGAGUCUUUGUGGAGAGAGUUCUGGCGGUCGCAGUACAACAACAAUAGCGAUGAGUGUGAGGAAGAGAAAUACCUGUCGAAGUCGAAACUGUUUUCGCUGUGCAAUCUGGAGCCCGUGCAGCACUUCAUGAGGCACGUGGAUUUAAUUUUCUACCAAAAUCUCAUACAGGUUUUGGUGCCCGAUGUGCUGAAGCCCAUUCCCGCUACCUUGACGCAGUCUAUUAGGAAUUUCGCAAAAAAUUUGGAGAGUUGGUUGACAAGUGCCAUGGCGGGGGCCCCCGUCGCAAUGCUACAAAUCAAGCUGACAGCCGUCUCAGCUUUCAGUUCUAGUCUGAGGCGUUACACCUCCCUAAACCACUUAGCGCAGGCCGCUCGUGCCGUAUUGCACAACAGCAACCAGAUCGGGCAGAUGCUAGCCGACUUAAACCGCGUGGAUUUCCACAGCGUCCGAGAACAGGCCUCUUGGGUGUGCCAGUGCGACAACGAGAUAGUGGCCAGAUUUGAGAACGAUUUCAAACUGACGCUCCAGCAACAGAACUCUCUAGAGCAGUGGGCGUCCUGGCUGAAGAACGUUGUGAAGAGUGCGCUAAAGCCCUACGAGGGGAAACCUAGUUUCUCCAAGGCUGCUAGGCAGUUUUUGCUGAAGUGGAGCUUUUAUAGUUCCAUGGUUAUCAGGGAUUUAACUCUGCGUUCGGCAGCUAGUUUCGGGUCCUUUCACUUGAUCCGGCUGCUGUACGAUGAGUAUAUGUUUUAUUUGAUUGAGCACCAGGUGGCGGAAGCAACAGGGGUCGUGCCUAUUGCCGUUAUUUUGGAAGGAAUCAAACAGGACAUAAUGCAGAACAGCCUCAGCGUCUACGGCAACAACGACUCGGUGGGCAACGGCAAUGUGAAUAACAAGCUGGGCUGUGUAAGUCCCAGCGAGCAGCUAUCAAAACGCCCUAAGAUUAGCUAGCUUAGCAGAGCCAGGCUGAUAAUCUCUUGAUUUCACUGAUACAGUAAUAGAUUAGGUCAUUGUUUUCGUUUUCAGUCCAAGUUCCACAA